UGAAGAUGGGGCGGAGCGACAUUCCCGAUUAGGUGAGCUCUCGGAGCCAGGUGACAGUAGCCCCGCCCCAGUCAUCGUUGAUUGGCUGCAGGUGUGCUGUGACGUAACCGGGCUGUGGUCGGAGGGUCACUGACAUGGCGGAGACGCAGGAGCUGCACGGGCUGAGCGAUGAGGUGGCGUACGCGGCCUGUACGGACCCGGAGCCGGCCACCAAGGAUUUUAUGAUGCAGCAGACGAUGCUCCGCAUCAAAGACCCCCAGAAAUCGCUGCCGUUCUACACCAAAUGCCUCGGCAUGACUCUUCUCCAGAAGUUCGAUUUCCCCUCUAUGAAGUUCUCCUUGUAUUUCAUGGGCUAUGAGGACAAGAAGGAUAUCCCCGAGGACAUAAAUGAGAGGACGGCUUGGACAUUUUCGCGUAAAGCGACCCUGGAGCUCACACAUAAUUGGGGGACAGAGAAUGAUGAGAAGCCGUAUCACAACGGGAACUCGGAUCCGCGUGGAUUCGGUCAUAUCGGCAUCGCGGUCCCAGACGUCUACGCCGCAUGUAAGCGAUUUGAGGAGCUCGGAGUCACAUUUGUGAAGAAACCGGAUGACGGUAAAAUGAAAGGCUUGGCGUUUGUUCAGGAUCCUGACGGCUACUGGAUCGAGAUUCUCAGCCCCAACAUUUUGUCCGUCGUGUAAGCGGCCGCCAUUGCUCCACAUCCGACGCCGGUGCCUCUUGCAGAAAAUGCGAUGUUGCUGUAGAGCGGGGGUCAGCAUCCUUCAGCACUACAGCUGUUGAGAAACUACAGAUCCCAGCAUGCUCCAUUCAUGUCUAUGACAGUUCUGAGUAGAGCAGUGGAACUAUGCAUGCUGGGAGAUGUAGUUUCACAGCAGCUGGAGGAAUUGCCUACCCCUACUAUAGAGCAUUACACUACAUCACGCUGGUAUAGUGACAGGUCAUGUGACCUCCAAUGACUGAUCACCUGCUCUAGAGCCGCCCUGUGCAUCGUCAGUAUUACCCCAGAUUUAGUGCCUUAACAGGAGCGCGCCGUGUAGAACGUCGUCACCGUGCUCAGACCAUCGCAACUCUGUGUUACCUGACAAUAAACGGAAAAUCCUGUGGGGAGUGAUUGUC